AUGUCGUCGAUCCCCAACAAACAUCUACACGAUGAACUCGCUACUAACACCGAGAGAAUUACAGUUACAACCAGGUUCGGAAAUGUCACUGGCGGAAGAGCAAGCAAUGGUGCUGCUGUAUGGUUAGAAGUGCCUUUCGCGUUACCACCUACACGGUUUGCCGAUCCCGUUCCCUUACCCGACGGAUGGAAAUACGAGGAAGGAAAGGAAUACCUAACAGAGUCAAACUUCGCAGCGCAACCUACGAACAACGGACAGCGCGGAGAUACUCCCCAGGAAGACGUAGUGGGCUUCGGAAAUCCCACGGAGGACCCUCUUUUCGUGACCAUCGCAGCACCACCUUCUUUUCCCGAAAGACGCGGAUUCCCAGUCAAAGUCUUCGUUCACGGAGGAUUCCUACAAUUCGGUUCCCCGCAUGGCUUGAAAAGCCAAAACCAGUUCAUCUCCGCCGAACGCUCCGAGGUUUGGGUUAACAUGGGAUAUCGAGUUUCUGCGUUUGGGUUCUUAGCGUGUGAAGCUCCUGGUGUCAACUUGAAAGGAAAUUAUGGCUUCAAAGACCAAUGGGUCGCGAUCCUGUGGGUCAAAGACAAUAUCGAGGCGUUCGGAGGAAACCCAAACGACAUCCAGAUUUCAGGCCUCUCUGCAGGGGCGCACUCCGUGCAUCAAAUCCUUCACUACGCUUCCCAUCUUCCCAAAGGAGUCAACGCGCCAUUCCAUUCCGCUAUCCUUCAAUCCAACGCCAUCAUCGCAACCCCCAAGACCCCAGCCGAACUACGACCCCAAUUUGACGCGCUGUGCCGUGCGCUAGGUCUCGACCCUAGAGACCCGGACAUUCUGAAAACACUUCAAACAGACGUUGUCGGCACGGAAUUCGGCACGUUCCGUGGAUGUGUCGAUAACGACUGGAUGCUCUCGACGCCCGACACGAUGGAAUGGCAGCGUUCCGGUGGAUUUGCCGCCGCAUUGAAGGAGAAGGGUGUCAAAUGUGUCGUUGUGGGAGAGACGAGAGAGGAGUGGUACCUCUACUCGAUCGCGCAUCCUGUGAAGACUUUGGUUGACGUCCAGAAGAAUCUCGAGCGAUAUUACGAUAAAGCCAUAGUGGAGGAUAUUUUGCAUAUGUAUCCCCCACCUGAGAAGGAGGAAGAGAUACAGAAGUAUUAUGGGGACAUCUUCAGUGACUGGCAGGUUUAUUUGCCCGUGAGGAUUCUGGCGAAAGAUUUAUUGAAUGCUGGGUAUCCUGCGUUGAGGUACCAGAUCCUGUGGGUACCGGAGCAAUGCAAGAAUACUGGUUAUGUUACCCACGGUGUUGACAGGGUUUAUUGGGCGUUUCGCCUCCCGAUGUUGUACGCAGAAAAAGACGUUGCGAUCGCGAGGAAAUGGCUGGAAACCGUAUUUAGCGAGAUCAAUAUGCUGCAGGACGAAGGAAAGAGCUCACGCGGACCCAGGGAAGUGUUGGCUCUGAAAGAGGAUAAGACGAUAGGAUGGAUCGAGGAUGCAGUCUGGGAAGAGAAGAUGCGGCUGUGUAAGAUUUUGCCUGAGAGGAGUUCAUAG